AUAGAGAAGAUAGGUCAGCUGACUUUACUUUUAUCAUUGGUCUUGUGAUAAGUUGUAGUUCUCCUCCAUUCUCGGCCCGACUUUUCCAUCUUUAUCGUCUUAUAAGAAUAUAAAUUCAAAAUGGCGGCGCGGGCCAAUCUGAGGAUGAUUGCCAAUGAAGAGAAUGAGGACCAGUUCGGUUACGUGUUCGCCGUCUCCGGGCCUGUCGUAACGGCGGAGAAGAUGUCCGGAGCGGCUAUGUACGAGUUGGUGCGUGUCGGCUACAACGAGCUGGUGGGAGAGAUCAUCCGACUGGAGGGAGACAUGGCCACCAUUCAGGUGUACGAGGAAACCUCGGGUGUCACCGUCGGCGACCCCGUGCUCCGCACCGGCAAGCCUCUGUCCGUGGAGCUCGGCCCCGGCAUCCUCGGCUCCAUCUUCGACGGCAUCCAGCGCCCGCUCAAGGACAUCAACGAGAUGACGCAGUCCAUCUACAUCCCCCGCGGUGUCAACGUGCCCUGUCUGUCGCGCGACAUAAGCUGGGAGUUCAACCCCCUCAAUGUCAAGGUUGGCUCGCACAUCACCGGCGGAGACCUGUACGGCGUGGUGCACGAGAACACGCUGGUGAAGCACCGCAUGAUCGUGCCGCCCAAGGCCAAGGGAACCGUCACCUACAUCGCGCCCUCGGGCAACUACAAAGUCACUGACAUCGUGCUGGAGACCGAAUUCGACGGCGAGAAGAACAAGUUCAGCAUGUUGCAAGUGUGGCCCGUGCGCCAACCCCGCCCCAGCGCAGAGAAACAGCCCGCCAACCACCCGCUGCUCACCGGACAGCGUGUGCUCGACUCUCUGUUCCCGUGCGUGCAGGGCGGCACCACCGCCAUCCCCGGGGCCUUCGGCUGCGGCAAGACAGUCAUCUCGCAGGCGCUGUCCAAGUACUCCAACUCCGACGUCAUCGUCUACGUGGGCUGCGGGGAGCGUGGUAACGAGAUGUCUGAGGUGCUUCGUGACUUCCCCGAGCUGACCGUUGAGAUCGACGGUGUGACCGAGUCCAUCAUGAAGCGUACCGCGCUCGUCGCCAACACCUCCAACAUGCCCGUGGCUGCCCGUGAGGCGUCCAUCUACACUGGUAUCACCCUGUCCGAGUACUUCCGCGACAUGGGCUACAACGUGUCCAUGAUGGCGGACUCCACGUCCCGCUGGGCGGAGGCGCUGCGCGAGAUCUCGGGCCGCCUGGCCGAGAUGCCGGCCGACUCCGGCUACCCCGCCUACCUGGGCGCCCGGCUGGCCUCCUUCUACGAACGCGCCGGUCGCGUCAAGUGCUUGGGCAACCCCGACAGAGAGGGUUCCGUGUCCAUCGUCGGCGCCGUGUCGCCGCCCGGCGGUGACUUCUCGGACCCCGUGACCGCCGCCACCCUGGGCAUUGUCCAGGUGUUCUGGGGUCUCGACAAGAAGCUCGCCCAGAGGAAGCACUUCCCCUCCAUCAACUGGCUCAUCUCCUACAGCAAGUACAUGCGCGCUCUCGACGACUUCUACGACAAGAACUACGCCGACUUCGUGCCGCUCAGGACCAAGGUGAAGGAGAUCCUCCAGGAGGAAGAAGAUCUGUCGGAGAUCGUGCAGCUGGUGGGCAAGGCGUCGCUGGCCGAGACCGACAAGAUCACGCUCGAGGUCGCCAAGCUGCUCAAGGACGACUUCCUGCAGCAGAACAGUUACUCGGCCUACGAUCGCUUCUGCCCGUUCUACAAGACGGUGGGCAUGCUGAAGAACAUGAUCGCGUUCUACGACAUGUCGCGACACGCCGUGGAGGCCACCGCGCAGUCCGACAACAAGGUCACGUGGAACACCAUCCGCGACGCCAUGGGGCCCAUCCUCUACCAGCUCUCCUCCAUGAAGUUCAAGGACCCCGUGAAAGAAGGCGAGGCUAAGAUCAAGGCGGACUUCGACCAGCUGCUCGAGGACAUGGCCGCCGCCUUCCGCAACCUGGAGGACUAGACCACCCACGCGCGGGCCCGGCC